GCGAGCACACGCUCCGCGCUCACAUAACGGAAACUGCGCGUGAGAGACAUGCGCGUCAGGCAGCGAGAGAAAGAGAAAAACAUUUCUGCACUUAUGAAGCUCAACUUCUUCAGCUCGACAGACCUGCCAUUUCCUUCAAGUUUUACUUUAUCUGUCUAUGCGGCGUUUCUUGUUUGUCCGCGGAAAUGGAGAGCAGAUACUGAGGCGCGUUUGAAGUAGUAGAAUGUAACAUGAAAAGAGGACAGAAAGUUUUCAAACCGAGCUCAUGUAAGAGACUCUACAACCGAGCGAUGCCUUACUGGCUAAAUUAAGCGUCAGAAGCUUCCAAAAAGAAACCUCGAGACGUUUAAAGUCCUCGUUUUCCAUUGAUAGUAACGUAAGCUGUUUUUUUUUUCAUGUCUUCACUUGUUAGGGAAACGCCUUUCCAGCCUUAAAGGAAUGAGAGUUGAAUGAGGAGCUGGAUGAGAAUGGAAGCCACUUUGACAAACAUCACGCUGGCGUCCUGAUUGCUCAGCCGCUGAGUGACAGUCUUAUCAGUCCAACCUGUGCAACAUGUGCUGGAAAUCACACAGCCAGCCAUGAAGCAUGCUGUCUGGAUUGCAUGUUCUUAGAGGGAAACGUAGCGAAAAAUAGGCACCUUAUUCUUGGUCCGAUUUCGUUACUUUAUACCGCACGGAUUGCACAUGACCGCAGUGAUUCUCUUCACCUGCCUUAUGACAGAAGAAUAUUGUGUUUAAUUAAAAACCCAACCCGUUCACUCACUGGAUAUCAGCCACGGUUUCCAAGCUUGUCAGUUUUAUGGUUUACUUUCAAUCUGAGGAGGAAACUAAUGUCUGCCAGUAGUAGCACCUCUCCUCUGACUUUACCUAAACCCUUCGUCCACUCUCAGCAUCAGACUGCACCCCCAACCCCUUCUCCAUCACCCAGCCCUCCGGUGCCACUCUGUGUCCGGCUCUCCAAUGGGAAUCACAGUGUCCCGAGCCCCAGCUGCUCCUUCCACGGAGUGUCCUUCCUCCUCCAGAUCGGUCUCACCAGGGAGAUGGUCACCCUGGAGCCACACGAUCUGUCCCUCAGUUCUGUGAAGGAUUUGGUCUGCUCCAUAGUCGAUCAAAAGUUCCCAGAAUGUGGAUUCUUUGGCUUGUAUGAUAAGAUCUUGCUCUUCCGCCAUGAUCUGAACUCGGACAACAUCCUCCAGCGGCUAACAUCGGCAGAGGAUAUCCAUGAGGGAGAUCUGAUUGAGGUCGUCCUGUCCGCUCAAGCUACAGUUGAAGACUUCCAGAUCCGACCACAUGCGCUUUAUGUCCACUCCUACAAAGCGCCCACCUUCUGUGACUACUGCGGAGAGAUGCUGUGGGGACUCGUCCGACAGGGCCUCAAAUGUGAAGGAUGUGGCCUGAACUAUCACAAGCGAUGCGCCUUUAAGAUCCCUAACAACUGUAGCGGUGUAAGGAAAAGACGUCUUUCUAAUGUGUCUCUGCCCGGCCCGUCGCUGUCUGUUCCUCGUCCUGCUCCUGCAGAGCAUGCUGUCGUGAGCCUGGAAGAGCAGCGCCCCCAUCAGGAGCCAGGUAAGCGGAUACCAUCAUGGAGCGGCCGGCCAAUCUGGAUGGAGAAGAUGGUGCUGGGGCGGGUGAAGGUCCCUCACACCUUUGUCAUUCACACCUACACCCGUCCCACCAUCUGUCAGUUCUGCAAACGGCUGCUCAAAGGGCUUUUCCGCCAGGGCAUGCAGUGCAAAGACUGUAAAUUCAAUUGCCACAAGCGAUGUGCUUCAAAAGUACCAAAAGACUGCCUUGGAGUCUUCAAUGGAGAGCCGGCCAGCCCAGGUCCUGACUCUGAUACCACGAUGGAAGUCGACAGCAGUGAUGUGAACAGUGAUAGUAGUCGUGGUCUGGAUGAUUCAGAGGAACCUACCACUCCAGAAGACAAGAUCUUCUUUAUGGACUCCCCCUUCAUGGACCGUGAGAAGGAUGAAGAACCUGUGAAGACCAUCAGCCCCUCUACCAGCACCAAUAUCCCUCUGAUGCGUGUGGUCCAGUCCGUCAAACACACCAAGAGGAGGAGCUCCACUGUGGUCAAAGAAGGAUGGAUGGUGCACUACACCAGUCGAGACAACCUUAGAAAGAGACACUACUGGAGACUGGACAGCAAGAGUCUGACUCUGUUUCAGAAUGACUCAGGAGCCAAAUUUUACAAAGAGAUUCCCCUGUCAGAGAUCUUGCAGGUGGAGGUUGCGCGUGACUUCAGUAGUUUAGCCUUGGGGGGCAAUCCGCACUGCUUCGAGGUCAUCACUGCCACCAUGGUGUACUAUGUUGGUGAGAACACCGGCGGCCCCCACCUCCACAUCCACAACCCUGCGCUGGCUGCCGGUGGCGUGGGGCUGGAGGUGGCCCAGGGCUGGGAGAGGGCCAUCCGCCAGGCCCUGAUGCCCGUUCCAGUAACACCGCAGCCCAGUGUGGGCGCCGCUGCAGGACAGAGUAAAGAUCACAAGGAACUGUCCAUCAGCAUUUCUGUUUCUAACAGUCAAAUCCAGGAAAAUGUGGACAUCAGCUCAAUCUAUCAGAUCUUUGCUGAUGAAGUCUUGGGUUCUGGCCAGUUUGGCAUCGUUUAUGGAGGGAAACAUAGAAAAACAGGCAGAGAUGUGGCCAUCAAAGUAAUAGACAAGAUGAGGUUCCCCACCAAACAGGAGAGCCAGCUGAGAAACGAGGUUGCCAUUUUACAGAAUUUGCAUCAUCCUGGGAUUGUAAACCUGGAGUGUAUGUUUGAGACUCCAGAGAGAGUCUUCGUGGUCAUGGAGAAGCUCCACGGUGACAUGCUGGAGAUGAUCUUGUCCAGUGAGAAGAGCAAACUCCCAGAGCGCAUCACCAAGUUUCUCGUCACACAGAUCCUUGUGGCUUUGAGACAUCUCCAUUUCAAGAACAUUGUUCACUGUGACCUGAAGCCAGAGAAUGUGCUGUUGGCAUCCGCGGAGCCCUUUCCUCAGGUAAAAUUGUGUGACUUUGGGUUUGCUCGGAUCAUUGGGGAAAAGUCUUUCCGGCGUUCAGUGGUGGGCACACCAGCGUAUCUGGCCCCAGAGGUGCUGCGUAGUAAAGGCUACAACCGUUCCCUGGACAUGUGGUCAGUGGGAGUCAUUAUCUAUGUCAGUUUGAGUGGCACCUUCCCCUUUAAUGAGGACGAGGACAUUAACGACCAAAUCCAGAACGCAGCGUUCAUGUACCCACCAGCACCCUGGAAAGAGAUCUCUGCAGAAGCUACAGAUCUGAUCAACAACCUUCUCCAAGUCAAGAUGAGGAAGCGUUACAGUGUGGACAAGACCCUCAGUCAUCCGUGGCUACAGGACUACCAGACGUGGCUGGAUCUGCGAGAGUUCGAGACGCGCCGGGGGGAACGCUACAUUACUCACGAGAGCGACGAUGCACGCUGGGAAAAGUACGCUUACGAGCACAGUCUGAUGCAUCCCAAGCACUUCAUCAUGGCUCCGAACCUCGAUGAUAUGGACGAGGACCCCUAGCGGCCAUGUGAGCCGAACUGGAAACGAGGUCAGAUGAAGGCAGCGACCUGCUAAUGGUCUGUUGUUGUUUAGACUGAAACGCAUCAGCAAUCUGAAGCAGACUUUGAGGGGAGCAGACUACUCUCUCGAUGUCAGCAAGAGUCAUGGAAACUGCUAAUGAAGACCGAGGCUGUCUCCGGGCGUUCUUAAUGACUCUUCUUUUCCAAACGGUGCUGUUAUGUCUGUUUCUUAUCGGAUGUCAGAAACUCACGUUACGAUAAUAGAAAGGUUAGUAGCCGGUGUGAUUAUUAGGGAGAACGAUGCCGUCGUUUAUAGUAGUGUUCUUUCUGAAAGCAUCAAACUGGAACAUGCGCUUUUUUUUUUUAAUUCCUAUUCUAUGAUUUUCUAAUUCAUUUCGUCUUAAAGUAUAGGUUACACAGCAGACUGAAUGAUUUCAAAAGGGUCGUUUUUUUGCACUAAACAACACAACCACUGCAGCUGGUACAAUUAAAUGAAUUAUGUGAUGUAACAGCACAGGAUCCAGAAGAUGGCGCUUGUGUGGUCGGAUGAGAGGACAACUGAAUUAAAUCUGACCGAUGGAAUGGGAGAUGUUAUCUUCAGCGUGACUCUUGUUCUCAUGUCGUUUCAGAGCCAUUCUUUGGAUUUAUUCCUCAUACUGCAGUCUUAAUCUAAUAGCAGCUAAGCAGUGCAGAAAGAUGUCGGUCAAAAGCUACUGUGAGAAAGCUUUAUGACUUAUUAGCAAAGCUCUUUAAAUGCAAAAAAGUAAUGUAUUGAAAAUAACUGCUAACAACUUUUAUUAGAAAAAGAUCAACAGUGUUAUGUUCUUUUUGUUCCUUUCAUUUCUUUUCAUUUUUUAAAAAUAUGGUAUGUAUUGUACUGAAGAAUGAACCUUUCUAUGAAUCCCAGAACUGGAAAAUCAGAAUUUAUCUUUUUUUUUUUGGUAAUGGACAUUUUGUUGUUGUAGAAACCGCCUACAAUAGUAAAGUUAAGCUGGAUAGAUUGGCACAUUGUACCCACAUCCCUCUAGUGAAAAUGAGCAAAUAUGACGGGAAAACAAGCCAUUUUUUAAGUAGUUUUUUUUAUUUUUAUUAUUGUCCAUGAAAUGAAAUCUGUACCAUACACAAUGAAAUCUGGGAGAAAAAGGAUGGAGGAUUCCUCUAAAUCAUCACAUCUUGAUCACUAUGUUGCCGCUGGAUUGGCAAGUGUAAGUGUUGUGUAUAUUUUAGCACAUACUGGUUCAAUAAAAGCUAUACACUCCAUGUGUUUGGGGUGAUUAUUCAAGGCUUUGGAUUUGCUGAUGGUGGAUGAGAGAUCUGACUAAAUGAAGUUUUUGACAUUUUUGCAGGUCAUGAAAUGAUCAGUAGACCUAUAUUUGAAAGCCCUGGGCAUGUCUGCACCAGAAUAUCUUGAGGAGUUUCCCCCGCAUACAGCCCUUUCCACAAAAUUACUGCUAGAUUUCUGUUUACAGAUCUUGUUUGAACAAGACAAAAAUCAGUUCUGGCAAUUUGCUGUGCUUCACAAGUCAAUCAUCACUGUAUUGCGUUGCAUCAUAUGUUUUGAUAAUAAAACGAAGCAUUUAAAUAUCAA